AUGCGUCCUCAUAAAUUUCAUUCUGUUCAUGUGAAAGAUCGGAUUGCAGGAAAGAUUAUUCCACGAUUCAUCAACAAUGAUGUGGCCAAUAAUACAAAUGAGCUCGGUUUUUCGGAGCUCCAAAAUGAAAAACCACAGCAUCCAACAACACUUGAACAGUUCUCAACGCCACCUUCAUUCAGUAUUUAUUCUCAAAAUUUACUUGCCUCCUAUUGGACAGAUUUAGAUCGGUACCAUUUUGUGGAAGAACCGCUUUCUGAAAACUAUGAAUGGAAUGGGAGAAUUAAAAAAUUUAUGCGAGAUUUUACCAUGCAUCGUCCUGAUGUGAUAUGCUUACAAGAAGUCGAAAUUUCGCUUUUUGAAAAAGAUAUUUUAGGCCCAAUGAAAUUAAUGGGAUAUAAUGGGAUAGUUCAACAAAAGAUUGGUGAUUUUCCAGUGGGUGUCGGGUGUUUAUAUAGAGAAGAAAAAUUUGAACUCAUUCAAGUCCAUGAAAGAAGCUCAGCCAUUGUGCUUGUCUUGAAGCUAAAAGAGAGUGGAAAAAUUAUUUAUGUUGUGUCGUGUCACUUGUUGGGAGAUCCACGUCAACCUCAAGUGAGAAUUAAUCAAUUACGUUCCUUGUUUAAACAUUUGAAAAAUUAUCAAAAAGGCCAAGAAGAUGCAAUUAUAUUGUGUGGAGACUUUAAUGCAGAACCCAAUUCAGCAACGUAUAAGCUUGUGGUCGAUGGAUAUGUGAAAGCUCAUACUAUGGAAAAUGGCGUUGAAGCUACUUCCAUUGAAACGAAACAUCAUCUCAAACUGAAAAGUGCAUACAUGGAAAUUUUUGGAGAAGAACCGGCCUUCACAUUGAAAACAAAAAACAAUGCUCUGGUGACUGAUUACAUUUUUUUCAGUUCCAAUUUCCUUAAUAUUGACAAGGUGAUGGAGGUUUGUGAACCCUGUGAUAUUUCUUACAUUUGCACCAAAUCUCACCUCCCAAAUUCGAAAUAUGGAUCUGAUCACUUAGCUUUGCAGGCUGUUUUUUCUUUUAAAGAUGAACAUGUUGUCAACAAGUGA